CGGCCAAUCAGGUUCGCGUUCGGAAAGAUGGCGGCGCUCGGGUCCCGAGAGCGCUCUGCGGGGGAGGGAGGCAGCGGCGCGCGGGCGGACUCGGACCUCUUGCUGCACCCGGAGCUGCUCUCGCAGGAAUUCCUCCUGCUGACGCUGGAGCAGAAGAACAUCCCAGUUGAAGAUGAAGUGAAGAUCAGUAAAGAUGGCCUUACUGAUCUCUAUGUUCAACAUGUCAUACCAUUGCCUCAACGUGAGUUACCAAAAACUAGAUGGGGAAAGUUGAUGGAAAAGAAAAGAGGUCAGCAGGUGUUCAAGCAUGAGGUCAAAAGCACUGCUCCAGUGGAAAGUCUACGGAAACGACCACUCAUUGUGUUCGAUGGUAGCUCAACGAGUACAAGCAUAAAAGUGAGGAAGACUGAGAAUGGGGCUAUUGAUAGUCUAAAACUCCUUACAGCUAGAAGCGCCAGCACUACUUGUAAGGGACUGACCGUUCCUUCAAAUUCUUCAGCUUGUGUGUCUGUCUCCACUUUUUCACCGGACAUUAAAGUGGGAUCCAGGAUUCACGAAGCUAAGCAGAAUAAUAAUAUCGUCGAUAACAAUAUGGCACCUGGUCAGAGGUCACCCCCAUUGGUGCCUUUAACAGGAACUACUGUUGUGAAAUUAAAGAGAGCUGCUCCGAAAGAAGAAUCUGAUGCAUCCAACGGUCUAAAGUCUCCAGAAUCGAAAAAGAAGAUCCAGCAUGUGAAAUGGCCAUGAACCAAUGAGGCGCUGGAAAUGUAAAUAACAUUUAGCCUCCAUUUCAGAACAGAUGAGUCAUAUUGAACAGGGUUGCAGAUUGCGGUGGAUUUUUCAUAAGGUUAACAAUUCUACAGUACAAAGCAGGCACCAUAUUCUCACCCAUCACCUUAAGGAUAUUUUCUGUAUUGCACUUUGAGUCAUUUACUUCCCAUUUUAAUGGUUGGUUUUGGUGGAACAAAAUUAUUCUACCAGCCCUCCUUUGGAAUUCUCACAUGUACUGCAGUUCAGCCUUUGCAUGACCUGGUAAGAGAAAAGCAGUGUGCAUUUAUAACUAUUCAUGUUCAACUGUACAGCAGUAUUGCUUUUCUUUUCUUUUUCGCAAAUACAGUUCUCUACACAAGUGUAUUUAGACAGUGUGGAAGACUAUGUCUCCCCGUUCAACUGGACUUCCCAUGGUAAUAGUGGCUUUUGCACAAAGUUCUGUUGGCAGGGCAAGAAAAAUAUUUUGAAUUCUUAGGUGCUGAUACCAAGUGUCUAGAUGUCUUUUCCAGCCUUGUUAUGAGAUGGUUACCUCUUACAGACAUAGGAAAAACACUGAACUGUGUAAUUUCUUUGCUUCAAAUUGAAGUUCUUGUUACAAUUGAAGAUGAAUUUCUGUUGUCUUUUGAGCAGAUGGAAGCACAUGAUAGACUGUAUACGGAGAGUAUUUGAGAGAAAAGUAGUGCAUGAACUAGUGCCAUGCUUUUGUACAGUACAUGCAUAAGUAUUUUUUCAUAAAAUACAUGAACCUUUGUGGUCGAUUUAACUUGCCUGCCUACAAAAUGCCUGCUAAAAUUCUGGAGAAAAGCUAACACUCCACUCAUUGGGGCAGUUUGAAUAGAGGGAUAAAUUAUACGGAGAGUAAACAAUUGUGGUUUGUGAAGGAAGAAGUCUUGCCUAUUUCCUAUCUGUGAAUAAAUGUGGAUUUCUUUGAAACCACAUGGAUCCUCUUUCAUAUGAUGUAAAACUCAACCUAGCUGGGUAUAAUAGUUAGAAUUGCGUACCAUACACAAAGUAGUGUCCAGUCAAAUUCAGGCUGCCAUCCUGUACAUGCCUACCACAGAAUAUGGACUUAGUGGUAUUUACUUCUGAGUAGACAUGGUUAUAACUGCAUUAUUGGUGCACGACUUCCACUAGAUCAUGAUCAAAGAUUUGGAAAGAAUGGUGUGUUUGAGGUGUAUUUUGAGUUUCCCUCUUCCUGAACACAUGUGCAAGUUUUGUACUUUAGUACAGCACAGUUUAAUUUUGUGUGUUUUGUAUCUGAGCUGUCUUUUUAGUAGCCUCACCUGAUUUAAAUAAAUUGAUUUAAACUGAC